GAGUAUGUGGAGCACGCAAAGCAUAUCCUUGAAAAGACUCAAACAGAGUGUUUCAAAGAAUUCCAGGAGCUACAUCCCGACAUAAAAGUGAAACAACGAAGAUUUGAGCAGUUGAAGCCUUUCUUUGUUACUGGAGCUAGAGAGAGAGAUAGACAAUCUUGCUUGUGUAGGAAGCAUGUAGAAUGCAAAAUUGUAUUUGAUUCUUGCAUGAAAUAUCGAAAAUCCAUACAAAAUAAUGAAGUUCAAGCCUUUAAUUUUCUCACUGAAGCUGUGGAAUCCACAUUGUGUGAAAAGCCAGAAGACUCCAGCUAUUCCUCUCUAGACUGCCUGACAAGGAGCUGUGACAAGUGUGGGGUGAAGAACUUCAAGACAGCAGCUGAAGAAAUGUCUGAAACUGAAGUCAAGUGGAAACGAUAUGAAUACAUAACGUACAAAGAUAACAAUGGCGAGGAAAAAAGGAAAAUCCACUUGGUCCAAAAAGAAACUCCUGUCAAAGAGAUGUUUGACUAUUUCCAGCAACUCCUGAAAGAUUAUCCCUACCAUUCAUUUAUGGCCAAAUGGCAAAAAGAACAGUUUGAUCAUUUAAUGACAAACCUGCCUCUCAACCAUAUCAUCUGUGUGCAUGAUUUUUCUGAGAAUUACACUUGCAGAUCACAAGAUGAAAUUCAAUCAGAGUAUUUCGAUCCUGUGAAAGUCAGCAUUCAUGUGUCAAUUGUCUAUCGCCAUGCUGAUAUUGACAUUGAUGGCAAAGCAAGUACAGAACAAGACCCUGUCCUCAUCAAAGAGCACAUCUUUGCCCUUUCAGAAGACAACACUCAAGACUACCAUUUUGUACACCACACCCAAGGCCUAAUACUGACGUACCUUAGGAAUGAGGUCAAAGUGAAAGUAGACAAAGUUCAUGAAUUCACUGAUGGGUGUGCUGGACAAUACAAAUCUAAGCACACUUUUGGUGAUUUGUCAUGUUCUUUGUCUGACUUUGGGUGUCAGGUGGACCGGCAUUUCUUUGAAACCUCUCAUGCAAAAGGAGAGCAAGAUGCAGCAGGUGCUAAUGUCAAACAACGUGCUACUCUUGCUGUGAUUCGAAGAGAAGCAUCCAUCAAGUCUGCAAAGGAGCUCUAUGAGUAUCUGAAGGACAAGUUCUCUUUGCCAUCUUCAACCAACAGCAAAACCACCUUAAACAAGAGAGUAUACUUCUACAUUCCACUAAAUGGAGAAGGAGCUGUUGACAGAAACAGAAUUGGCCGCACUUUUAAAGAGCUAAAAGGGAUUAGAAAAAUCCACUCUGUAAAAAAACAACUUCUCAGCAAUGUAAGGUGAAGACAAGGCUAAGAAGCUGUAUGUGCAUUGGUUGUUUAACUGACAUGGACUGUGAAAAUGAGGAGUAUGUUGAUAAGUGGAGAGAGGUUGAGAUGUCAAGAGAAGGAGAUGUUGCAGUCACAAGGCAGAAUCAAGACUCAGUCAAUGUCAGUAAAACAGUCAAUGCACUCACUGAUCUUGUUGAAGAAGGAAGUACUGUCGCCAUUGCAGCAGCUGAUGACGCCAUAUAUGAUUACUACCUCUUCAAAGUUACAAGCAGUGGUGCCAUAAUUUUGGGUGAAGAUGAAGUUGAUGACUAUAGUGCUGCUUAUCAGAAAGGUUCCUUUGUCUUCAAGGGUAACUUUUUCCUAAGGGACAAUAUUAUAGACAUGACCUACAAGCUUGACAAUAAACAAGCUAUUGUGUAUGCAAACACUGUCAGGACUAUCUGUGGAGAACUCAAGAAAUUAAAUAGGCGU